AUGCACGUGUCAAGCGUCGCAAAACCUUUGUCUUCUAAACCAAAUCCAUUCGAUUCUGACUCAGACUCUGAAUUUACCUCGAGGCCUGCAAGAGCAUCAUCUUCCAAUUCAGUUGAUCCUGGUGCCAAUGGCCGAUACAAGAAUGAGUUCCACGAUUCAGGCGGGUUCGAUAACCAAUCCGUGCAAGAGCUGGAGGUCUACGUUGCAUACAAGGCCGAGGAGACCACUCAAAAAGUGAACGUCUGCCUUCGGCUCGCUGAAAACAUCAAGGAGGAUGCUACCAACACUAUGAUCGCCUUGCACAAGCAGGGUCAACAGAUGAAUAGGACCCAUGAAACUGCUGCAAACAUUGACCAGGACCUUAGCAGGAGUGAGACACUUCUGGGAAGCCUUGGAGGGUUCUUCGCAAAAACCUGGAAGCCCAAGAAAACCAGGCAAAUAAAGGGAUCAUCAGUUAUCUCGAGAGAUGAUUCCUUCAAAAGAAGGGCUAACCACCUAGAGCAGAGAGAAAAAUUAGGAUUGUCUUCAAGCCCCAGAGGGAAGUCAGAUCCUCAAAAGUAUUCUGAUCCUACCAACGCCAUGGAGAAGGUUCAGGUGGAGAAAGAUAAUCAAGACAAUGCCCUUUCUGAUCUUAGCGAUGUCCUGGGACAGCUCAAGGGCAUGGCUCUCGAUAUGGGCUCAGAAAUCGACAUGCAAAACAAAGCCAUGGACGGUCUACAAGAUGACGUGGAGGAACUCAACUCCAGGGUGAAAGGAGCCAACCAGCGUGCACGCCGUUUGCUUGGGAAAUAA